UUGCCUGUGGUUUCUGUGAUGCUCACUACAAGAGCAGGGUGUGUGGACUUCUCUCAAACAGUGCUGAGUGUGGAUCAGGAAAUGGGGCUCAUGUCUUUCGGGGUUCUAGCUCUUCUGCUCCUGGGUGAGUCUGUGAGCAGUGAUGAUGAUGAUGAUGAAGAGUUCACUGUAACAGACGGGACCUUCACACAGUGUCCCAAUAAAAAAAUCAGCAGCCUGUCCCACUGGCUGUCACAGAGGAGUGAUGUCAGAGUGUCUCUGUGGCUGCUGAAUUAUACAGAGCUGGAGAGGAAUGUCUGGUGUUCAGAGGAUCAGUAUGCUGAGUGCAGAGGUGUGUCCCACUCAAUCACACUGGAAGGUGUUUCUACAUCAAAGAAAGGAAAAUACAAGUGUAUGGUGCUGAAGAACAGGAAAGGAGAAUACAAGCAAGGGUUCACUCUGAUUGCUCUGAGAGGUGCAGCCUCUCACAGUAACCCCGCUCCUGAAGGCAGCUUCCUGUCUCUCACCUGCGAGAGCUGGGGUCUCUCUGAGGAUCAGAAGUGGGAAUGGACACGUAACAGUGCAAUCAUAUCAGGCACAAGGAAAUACAUGAACAACGCAAGCCUAAGCAAAUUAACUAUCGGAAGUCUGGAGAAGAAGAGUGAUGGAGGAACAUACACAUGUAAACCAGUGGUUCAGCAGAUUGAAUUAAAGCACUCGGUAUCUAUUGAGUACACCGUGAGGAUUGCAGGAUUAACCAUCGCCAGCACCAACACCCCUGAAAAAACUACAACAGAUCUGACUGUUGUUGUUCUGGUCGCUGGAGCUGCCCUGGUGAUGGCAGUAGUGGCACUAGCAGUUGUUGUCUGCAUUAUAAAGAAGAAUCGAGAUCAGACUCAGGGGACCCCAGAUCCAGCUCCGCAGCACGCAGGAGCAUCGGGGGACUAUGAGAACUUACCCCCCAGAGCACCAGAGCAGCAGGGACCGGACAACACAGAGCCCACCUACAUGGGUUUGAACCUCGCUGAGCAGUCUGUCUACAGUACACUGCAGAGUGUGAUCAGCAAGCCUGCGAACUGAUCCUGGGAGCGGUGGAUUUUAUGAAGCACAGCUCCCUGCAGCCCAGCCUCACCUCACACCGCGCUGCUGGAGAGUUCAAACUGCAUUUACAGUCAUUACUUUGUUGUGGUUUCAAUCCCAAAUUUACCUUCUUUGCCAUGCAUUACAGAACUCAUGGAUACUUGUGUAUUUGACAGGAAUGGAUAUUUGUGAACACAUUCUCAAUGCUUUACAAAACUACAAACACUCAGGAAAUUGUGAACAGUGUUUUUUUUAUUUAUUUUAUUUGUACAUCUUAAGGUUUUUUGCUUGCAGCUGCUACCUGCAAAAACACAAAAGGGGGUGGAUUAGUCGUCUACUUACAAUAAAAAUACAAAUGAAAUAAAA